UCUAACGGAACUUUGAAAUUAACUGUUGUGUGUGUGUGUGUGUGUGUGUGUGUGUGUGUGUGUGUGUGUGUGUGUGUGUGUGUGUGUGUGUGUGUGUGUGUGUGUGUGUAACAGUGUGUGAGUAACAGUGUGUGAGUGUAUCUUUGCAUUCAUUCUACCUGCAUGCUUCUUCACACUAGGGAGGUUAAAUUAAUCUUUUAUCCAGCACUAUUUACUGCAUGAGUGAACCUAAAUCACUAUUUCUGAGUUGAAAGGAUGACAUUACUUCAGAGGAUUUUGGAAUUAGCCUUUAUUUUUCCUGUAAUUAAGAGGAUUUAGAGGACUGUAAUGGUUAUUCUGUAUGUUGUAGAUGGACCAUGCCACCCGUCCAUCCAUUUUUAAAGCCCGUCCUUCCCCUGAGGAGCUGAGCCAAUGUCCAAAAAAGAAGGAAAGUCAGCCCCAGCUCCAAAAGAAGAGCCAGCUUCUGGAGCAGCAGAACCAGCAUCAGCAGCCGAUCCUAAACCAGCAACGCCAGCACUGGAAACAUCUGCUUCUGCCUCAACUGCAACACCAGAGUCAGCUACGAAACCUCCUGAAAAAGCCACCCCUGCACCUGGACCAGCCCCGGUGGCAGCAGCCCCAGAACCUGCCAAAGAACCAGCUUCUCCUCCAAAUCCAGCUUUCAAAUAUGAUCCUGUCGCUGCGGGUCAUCUCAGUGCAAGACAGCUUGAAGAGUUCAGAGAAGCUUUCCUGUUGUUCGCCGGAACUCCUUCAGGGGGGAUGAAGAUUUCACUAGCUCAGUGUGGAGAUGUGAUGAGAGCUUUGGGUCAGAACCCAACCAAUGCUGAAGUUUUGAAUGUUCUUGGAAAACCAAAGCCUGAAGAGAUGGAAUCCAAACUGAUCGACUUUGAGACAUUCCUGCCUAUGUUUCAACAAGUUUCAAAGACUCCUGGAAGGGGCACAUUUGAAGAUUUUGUGGAAGGCCUAAGGGUUUUUGACAAAGAAGGCAACGGAACAGUCAUGGGGGCUGAACUCCGCCAUGUGCUUGCUACAUUGGGUGAGAGACUGUCUGAGGGUGAAGUGGAUCAGUUGCUGGCAGGGCAGGAGGACACAAAUGGUUGCAUUAACUAUGAAGCUUUUAUAAAACAUGUCAUGGCUGGCUGAGCGAUCUCUUCUGGUGCAGUAGCAGCCUCACAUGCAUGUCAGCAGUGCUUAACUGAAGCUCAUGUGUUAGAGUUCAUCAGUGAAUCAUGAACAAUGAAAGUUUUAUUUUAAAUAUUAUAUAACAUUAAAAUCCCUCUUCUUCAACCGCAACUUUGAAGCUGUUUUAUAUUAAGCAAAUUAUAAGUGCAACAAGUGGAGACAAAAUGCUAAUUCUCAUUUUGUAGAAGUCAAAAUGCAGUAGUCUGUGAAAAAAAAAAAAAAAAGUCUGUCCCAAGAGAGAGUCAACACAGCUGUCACCAGAUAAAACUUUGGAUUGGAUUGGCACUGAGUGCACCGAGUUUGCUCUAAUCCCCCAAUGUCAAAACCUUUUCCCAGGCACAUGUGAUGAACCCAGACCAUUUGUCUUUGG